AUGAAUCAUGUGCUGCGUCCAUUCUUGGGAAAAUUUGUGGUAGUUCACUUUGAUGAUAUCUUAAUAUAUAGCAAGUCUUACGAUGAACACCUUGAGCAUAUUAGGGCGGUUAUGGAUGUACUUCGACGAGAGAAACUUUAUACGAAUCUCAAGAAGUACAAUUUCUGCACUAAUGAGCUUGUGUUUCUAGGGUUUGUUAUAAGUGCACAGGGAAUGAAGGUGGAUGAUCAAAAAGUGAAAGCUAUUCAAGAGUGGCCAACACCAAGGUCUGUGGGUGAUGUUCGAAAUUUCCAUAGACUUGCGGGUAUUGGAGUUGGAGCUGUGUUGAACCAAGGUGGACAACCUAUUGCCUACUUUAGUGAGAAACUCAAUGGGGCUGCACUGAAUUACUCAACUUAUGAUAAAGAGUUGUAUGCCCUCAUUCGAGCACUACAAGUGUGGCAGCAUUACUUAAGGCCUAAGGAAUUCGUGAUACACACUGAUCAUGAGUCCCUUAAGUACCUUAAGGCCCAACACAACUUGAGCAAGAAGCAUGCAAGGUGGAUUGCAUUCGUGGAGUCCUUUCUGUACGUUAUUAAAUAUAAGGCUGGCAAGGAACAUUUCUACUGGCCGCACAUGAGGAGAGAUGUUGCACAGGUGGUGGAGCGCUGCUUAGCGUAUUUUGUUAAGCAACUUCAUGAGAAAGUCAAGGCCAACAUUGAGAGGAGAACUGCUCAAUAUGUCAAGCAAGGUAACAAAGGUCGCCAAAAGCUGACUUUCGAACCUGGCGAUUGGGUGUGGUUGAACAUGCGCAAGGAACGUUUUCCUGUGCAAAGGCGAAAUAAACUACAACCAUGGGGUGAUGGACCUUUUCAAGUGUUGGAGCACAUCAAUGACAACGCUUACAAACUUGAUCUUCCGGGUGAGUAUGGCGUUAGUGCUACAUUUAAUGUCUCUGACCUGGCCCCUUUUGAUGCAGAUGAAGCUUUUGAUUUGAGGGCAAAUCCUUCUCAAGAGGAGGGGAAUGAUAGCAUCAUAGUACGUGGGCACGCCAACAAUGACUCGAGUGAUCGAGGGGCCGAGGACCGCGUGCAAGCUCCAAACAGGCCCAUCACUAGGGCUCGUGCAAAGAGACUUCAUGAGCAAUUCAAUGUACUUGUACAGGCCAUACACAAGUCCUUUGAGGGAUUCAUAUACCCCAGUGAAGGUGAUCGAGAUCUGGUAUUGAGCAUUGAAGCUAUACCAGAGGUUUAG